AGCAGACAGAUGUAGAGACAGAGAGAUUCACACAGAGAUCAUUCAGCAUAAAGAAGACUGAACUCAACUCACAAUGAAGAUCCUCCUCAUCUUCCUCACUUUCUACCUGAUCUCAGGUCAGAGCUUUUCUCUUUCAUCACUGCACGUCACGGGAUAUUCUGGAGGAAGUCUUCUUGUUGAUUCUGGGAAAGUUUGGUCCAGUGCAAAUGUUAAAUAUAUGGCCAAAUUACCUGAGUGGAGAACAAUAAUAAAUUAUAAGAAACAUGAUAAAUGGAUUAAUGAAGGACGAUUCACACUUUAUCGAAACAAUGAGGGAAACCUCAUGAUCUACAUCAGAGAUUUGAAACAACAGGAUGCUGGAGGAUACUGGAUUAGUGUUGAUGGCCAGUGGUCCAUCGAUAUGACUUUGAAUGUGGAAGAAGAGUCAUGUUGUGAAGUGUCAAAGAGAGUGAUGGUGAAUAUUGGAGAAACUGCCUAUUUCAGCUGUGAAUAUUCACAGAAUCAUAUUAAUGAUCCCAAGAUCAUAUUCAAAGAAGGAAAAUACUCCAUUGAGAUGAUUUACGGCAGAUGGAAGAAGAAAGAAAGAUUCAGUAUUUCUGAUGACGAACAUAAACACAUCUUCAGUGUGAGAAUCACUGCUGUGACACCAGAUGAUGGAGGAGUUUAUUUAUGUGGAGUUUGGAUCAACAGAGACUCAUACAGUUACUCCAUUAUUAACACUGUUCAUCUACAUAUUAUGACUAAAGUGGGCGUGUCUAGAGUGAGCGGCUCCUCAGGAGGUGGUUUGAUGAUCAAGUGUGAACAUCCUCAAUACAAAACCAACCCAAAAUACAUCUGUAAAGAAUCAGACGGAUGUUCAGAGAGGAAGAAUGCAGGAGUUCAGGAUGAAUGGAUGGAGAAUGGAGAUGUUUCUUUAUAUGACGACACCAGAGCAGGAGUCUUGAUGGUGUUUUUUAGAGAGCUGAAAGCUGCAGAUGCAGGAACAUACAGGUGUGGAGUGAAAGUAUCUGACUAUACUGAGAGCUUCACUGAACUUCAGCUACACCCCAAACACGAUGCAAAAUAUCCAAAGAGUGUGACUGAUUCUGCUCAUAUUGGUGGAGAAGUCAAUAUCACCUGCCAGAUCCCAGAGGAGCAUGAAGUUCAUUUCUGCAAAGAGGAUGUUAAUCACACUUAUAAUCACAUCUGCCAAACCAUCAGCUCAUCUAAAGUGACAGAAAUGAAUCCUUCAUCUGAGAGAAAUGAAGAGAGAGUUGUUAGAGUGAGCAUCAGUAAUGUGAGUGUGAGAGAUGCUGGAGUUUACUGGUGUGGAGCAGAAACCAGAGACACAUAUCUGACUUUCAUCUCCCUGAACACUAAAAUUCAGCUCAACCUCAUCAAGCCUCCAGUAGUGAGACAUGAAGGAGAAUCUGCUGAGAUCAUCUGCCCUUAUGAUUCAAUCUAUAAAUCAAAGUCAAAGUCUCUCUGUAAGGGGACGUGCUCCACUAGAGACAGAAAUACUCUCAGUGAGACUGUGAGAGAAGAGAAAGAGAGCAAGACUCGUAGAUUGACUCUGAAUGAUAACGUCACUGCACGUGUCUUCACUGGGACCAUCACUGGACUGACAGCAGAGGAUGCUGGGAAAUACUGGUGUGCAGUGACAUUAGAAACAGACCUCAAUUAUCUUUACACUCAUCUGAUCGUCAUCAUGAACGAGGAGCUGAACUUGACUAAGUAUGAAGGAGACGACGUGUCAAUCCAGUGCAAACAUCAUGAUGAAGAUCAGAAAAGCUUCUGCAAAGCACAUGAAGCCUCCAUGUGUGUGAAGGAUGGAGUUUCAUUGGAGACGAUCAGAGAUGAUCGAUUCUCUUUCAGUGAUGAAGCAUCUACUGGAGUCUUUACUGUGAACAUCACUGAUCUGAGAGAAGAGGAUUCUGGGAUAUACUGGUGUGGAGCUCACGUCACCACUAAAGUCAUUCUAGAAGUCAACAAAAGUGUUUCUGGCAGAAUCACGAUCUCUUGCAUUUGUGUGACUCUGCUGCUGAUGGGAGCGUCUGUCCUGUUAUUAUACAAAUUAGGAUACAUCAAGACACGAGAUCAGCACGCUUCCCCAGACAGGACGGACAUGAGCGGUGGAGAGGCCUCUCAUGCAGCAUGUGACUAUGAGAAUAUCAGAGAUGCCAGACUGCGCUCCGUCCCGGGAACUGAGGAAACGGUGUUAUAUUCCACUGUCACGCAUCCCACAGACUCGUCUGAUCCACACGACACGCUGUAUUCUACAGUACAGUUACCCACAAACCCCUGUCAUGGGCUCCUGUACGCUUCGGUCCAUUUCCAGAAGCAUGAAGAGUCUCUCAGUGAUGCUAACGUAACCUUCAAUAAUGAGGAGAUUUACUGUGAUUACUCCACGGUCAUUCCCCACACGUCACUCAAGUAGUUUAGGUU